UAUGACGUUGAAAGUUCUGCUUAUACACAGCAGUGUGUGCAUGUGUGUGUAUGUGUGUCUGAGCUUCACUUCAGUGCGUGAUGGAUCUCAUCUUCAGUACACACUGGAUUGUUCAAACUACAUUUCUUUUUCCGAUUUUUGGGAUGAUAAAACUUUCUAAACAGGCAGCUUGAUACAAUUUUUUAUUUCUUCUAAACACCCACAGGUGUGAGAGAGUGUUUUAGCUAGUGUGUGAGUGUGAGUGUGUGUGUGUGUGUGUGUCUGGGUGCAACUAUAAGACAAAAACCAGAGAGAACCUAAGAGGACGCAUGGACUUCACUCAGGCUCCAUAGCUCUUCUUUUCUCAGUGUAUGUGUGUGUGUGCGCAUGUGUGUGUAAGACAAUGUUUCGGACACUGAUUGUGCUGCUGUGUUGUGCGUCGGCACUGCUGCAUGUGUCUCCAGCGGCCGAGAGGAUUAAAGUGCUCUUCACGCCAACCAUCUGCAGGCUGCGCUGCUCCAACGGACACUGCACCAACUACUGCGAACGAGGCAACAUUACCACACUGUACAGCAAUGAGGAUGCCACACACUCGUCCGGCUUCAGAGUGUUUCUGUGCCCCUUGUUGUGUAAAAAUGGAGGUGUGUGCAUUCAGAAAGAUAGAUGUCUCUGUCCUUUGAACUUUACUGGAAAAUUCUGCCAUAUCCCUGCACCUUCAUCUUUCUCCUCUGUCAAUGAGAUUGAGAAGAUACCUUCAAGGGCAACAAGUCAGGGGCUGAUGCAUUCGGAGUACGUCCUUCCUUUACAGAAUCGACAGCAGAACCUCACUAAUGGAUCUCCUAUGGUGACAGUUCGAGUCCAUCACCCUCCUGAGGCAAGAGUGAAGAUUCACCAGGUGGUGAAGGUCACUUCAAGUUCAGGCUCGGAGACCAUGAUUCGAUCAUCAAGACUCUCAGGUUCCAGUGGCAACAGUGAUCAUAGCAGUAUGUUUCUGGCAGACAGAGCAGAGGAUCAACCUGCUCUUGUCCAGGCCCAAACAUUAAGGGGAGACUCUAUCUACACAGAGGAUUCUGUGUUUAAAUAUUGCUUCAGAGAAGUUCGCAAUGGCCAGUGCAGUUCUCCACUGCCUGGCCUCCACAGCCAGGAAACAUGCUGCAAGAGAAAUGGUAUAGCAUGGGGAAUAAAGGACUGUACACUCUGCCCUCCAACAGGAAGUAGCACAACUGGAGAGAAAAGCUGUCCGCAUGGUUUUGAGAGGGUUAAUGGUACACAGUGUGUGGAUAUUAACGAGUGUGCGCAGCAGGGUUUCUGUGAGAACGGGAAGUGUGUGAACACCCGCGGGAGCUACAGCUGUGUUUGCAAACCUGGUUUCUUAUUGGACGCCUCACGUGGCAUCUGUAUCUCCCAGAGAGUCAUUUCAGACGAGAAGGAUCAGUGUUUCCGUGUUGUCUCUCAAAGCGUCUGCUCUUUGCCCAUUCUGAAGAACAUCACUAAGCAGAUUUGCUGCUGCAGUCGCGUCGGCAAAGCCUGGGGAAGGAAGUGUGAGGCGUGCCCUUAUUUUGGAUCUGUUGAAUUUAAGGAGAUUUGUCCUGCUGGUCCUGGCUACCAUUACUCACCCAACACUCUAAAACUGAAUCAGAGGGUUUCAGAACCACAUAGCCCUUCCUUGAUCUCUCACACCAAUCGUACUUCAACAACAGUGUCUAGAUACGACACAUCAUUAUUGCAGUCGACAACAAGAAACGAACCACCACCUAAUCAAAGACCUCAAUCUACGAGGACUCAAUCGGCAACUAUCAGCCAUAACGUCAGGAUUCAGCAAUCUAGUACUGGUCAGAGGCAGCCAAUCACAUCAGAAGUUUUCAUCAUUCAGAAUGAACCACAGCUGAGUCAGCACAGACAAACUGGAGGUCUUGCUUCAACUACCAGCCAACCAAGCAAAGAAUUUUUCCACGUGAUUAGGACCCACACAAGUAGGCCAUUGGUUUUUCAACCCCAUUAUCCUGCAAUCGUAUCUCUCCCAAUUCCCUCAACGGCUCGUCCACCUCCACCCAGAUCAGACAAGCGUGUGUGUGAGGUUAACCCUCAGGUUUGUGGGCCUGGUCGGUGUAUCAAUAAGGCUGGGGGAAAACACACAUGUUUGUGUAAUUCUGGAUUCAUUCUCAAUUCUCAAGCAGGUCAUUGCCAAGACGUAAAUGAAUGUUUGUUGUCUCCGAGGCCAUGUUUGGCUGGUCACUGUGAGAACACAGUGGGAAGUUUUCGCUGUGUGUGUCCUUCAGGCUUUCAGAGUAAUUCCCAGCAAAGCCUGUGCUCAGAUAUUGACGAGUGCCGUCUGAUCCCUAACCCUUGCACUAAUGGGCGCUGUGAGAACACGCUCGGCAGCUUCAGGUGUGUGUGCAGGACAGGAUACAAGCUGCAGAACAACACAUGUGCAGACAUUGAUGAGUGUGAUGACCCGCUCCGCUGUCCAGGGAAGGAGUGCAUAAAUACUCAGGGUUCCUACAGUUGUGUGCUCUGCAAACCUGGAUUUGGUCUCCUUAAUGGCCAGUGCUCAGAUAUUGAUGAGUGCCGUCAGCGUCCGGCCCUUUGCUCUAAUGGCCACUGUGAGAACAUGCCAGGCAGCUACAGAUGUGUGUGUAAUAUAGGCUUCAAGCUACAGGGUAACACCUGCUCAGAUGUAAAUGAAUGUGAGGACUCUCUGCAGUGUCCUGGUCAGGGAUGUAUUAAUACUCUGGGUUCAUACAGAUGUGUGUCUUGUGGCCCUGGGUUUGUAAUAACCAACAGAAAAUGCACAGAUAUUGAUGAGUGUCGUCAGAUUCCUGCCCCUUGUUCUAAUGGUCGCUGUGAGAACACACUUGGCAGCUACAGAUGUGUGUGUCAUACAGGGUACAAGCUUCACGAUAACAAAUGCACAGAUGUAAAUGAGUGUGAGAACCCUCUGCAGUGUCGUGGUCAGGUGUGUGUGAACACACCAGGUUCAUACAGGUGCACAGCCUGUGGUGCUGGAUUAACCUUUCAUAACGGUCAAUGCACAGAUGUGGAUGAGUGUGCUCAAAACACACGUCUCUGUGCUAACGGACGCUGUGAAAAUACCCCCGGAAGUUUCCAGUGUGUAUGUUUACCUGGAUUCAGAUUGAAUGCAAACACCUGCACAGAUGUGGAUGAGUGUGCUCAGAACACACGUCUCUGUCCUAACGGACGCUGCGAAAAUACCCCUGGAAGUUUCCAAUGUUUAUGUUUACCUGGGUUCAGAUUGAAUGCAAACACCUGCACAGAUGUGGAUGAGUGUGCUCAGAACACACGUCUCUGUCCUAACGGACGCUGCGAAAAUACCCCUGGAAGUUUCCAAUGUGUAUGUCGACCUGGAUUUAGACUGGAGGCAAAUACCUGCACAGAUGUGGACGAGUGUGAGAAUGAACUUCAAUGUCCAGGGCAAAAGUGUGUGAAUUCUGUUGGCUCUUUUAAGUGUGUUUCAUGCAGUCCAGGCUUCGAGAUCAUUAAUGGCCAGUGUCAAGAUGUAAAUGAGUGCAGUCAGAAACCAUCUCCAUGCACUAAUGGUCGCUGUGAAAACACUCCUGGCAGCUUCACAUGUGUGUGUCGUGCUGGAUUCAUGCUGAAAGGAAACACCUGCACAGACAUUGAUGAGUGUGGGAGCUCCGGAAUAUGUGGUCCAAUGAGUGUGUGUGUGAACACGGACGGCUCCUACAGGUGUGAGUGUUCACCUGGGUUUCGGGCUACAGCACCUGGACGCCAGUGCCGAGACGUUAACGAAUGUUUGGAGGGUGAGUUCUGCUUCCCUCGAGGAGAGUGUGUGAAUACCGAGGGCUCGUACAUGUGUGUGUGCUCUCAAGGUUACCAUACCAGUGCCAAUGGGACUGUCUGUAAUGAUGUGGAUGAGUGCGCCCGGGAUGGAGUGUGUCAGGAUGGGCGCUGCACCAACACUGAUGGCUCGUUUACGUGUCACUGCAAAACCGGCUUUACUGCCAAUCCUGAGAAAACAGCCUGCCUGGACGUGGAUGAGUGUGUGGACUCUGGUGGGAGUGUGUGUGGUUCUCAGCGCUGUGAGAACACCAUUGGCUCCUUUCACUGCUUCAUCACCUGUGAGCCUGGGUACAGCAUUACAGCUAGAGGAGAGUGUGUGGACAUUAACGAGUGUGCAAAUGAGAGUGUGUGUGGCCAUCACAUGUACUGUCGAAAUUUGAUUGGAACGUAUCAGUGUCACUGUGACCAGGGCUACGAGUCAGCACGAGACGGACUUUCCUGCGUGGACAUUAAUGAGUGUGCAGUGAUGGCAGGUGUGUGCGGUGCGGCACGCUGUUGGAAUGUUGAAGGUUCAUUUAUGUGUGAAUGUGAGAAACGGGAGGAAGUGUAUGACUCAAAUACACAACAGUGUGUGACCACAGGGUCAAGGUCGGGGUCAUCCUCCUCCUCCUCCUCCUCAUCAUCAUCAUCAUCAUCAUCAUCAUCAUCACCACAACCUCAGCCAGGAAAGAAAAUAGAGUGCUACUCAAACGUGGAUGAGAGGGACCAGUGUGCAGUUCUGUCUUCUAAUGUGACUGCUCAGGAGUGCUGCUGUACUGUGGGACGAGCCUGGGGGCACAAUUGUCAAAAGACCCUCUGCCCACAAGUUGGAACACCCGAAUUCCAAGCAAUGUGUCCGAGUGGACGUGGCUAUGUGACUAAUGCAGUAGGGGCCUUCAGCUAUAGGGACGUGGACGAGUGUAAACUCUUCAACGCGAGUUUGUGCAAAGGUGGUGUGUGUGUAAACAACAUCCCUGGCUACUCGUGUUACUGCCCUAGUGGAUACUACUAUGCUGAACACUUAAUGGAGUGUGUAGAUAAUAAUGAGUGUGAGAGUGGGGAAAUGUGUCCGGGUGGUCUGUGUGUGAACACACUUGGUUCAUAUUACUGCACAUGCGAGCCUCCUCUGGUGCUGGACGGAACCCAGCGCUCCUGUGUCAGCAAUUCAAGCCUCACUAUGGAUGAGAAUCCCUUAAUCUGUUGGCAGCAUGUAACAGCUGAUUUGGUGUGUCAGAGACCUUUGCAAGGAAUUCAAAUGACAUUUACCGACUGUUGCUGUUUAUAUGGAGAAGCAUGGGGGCUGCAGUGUGCACUGUGUCCGCGCAGAGAUGACGAGGCAUAUGAGACAUUGUGCAGUGCUUACGGUCCUCCUCCAAACUCUCCUCGGUAUGCGGAGCGUUUCGGACCACUUCCACAGGGAAGAGGGGGCUACAGACCACCGUAUGGUGGUCCUAUUUACCCGGAGAUACCAUCUUCUGAUUACAAUGACUACAGUGCAGGAACAGAACGUAGAUCUGGAUUUAGGACACAGCCAGCUGACUCAUAUCCCCCCUUCAUGACUCCUGAACUUGGCUCUAGGCCUUAUUAUGAAGAGGACGAUUAUGACUCAGCUGUUGCACCUCCAUUCGCACCAGAUCCUCGAUCCUAUGGCUCACGCUUUAUUGCUGAAGACGGUGAAGAUGAAGAUGAGUCAUGGAGAGGCCACGCCCCUUUCCCACCUUUCACUGAUAGAAGACCAGGAAGUGAAAGACCACGGAGAGUCUAUGAAAGGCGUUAUGAGUCAUUUGCUGGCCUGUCAGAUGAUGAGUGUGGUAUACUGCAGGGCUGUGAAAAUGGCCGCUGUGUCCGUGUAGGGGAAGGAUACACCUGUGACUGUUAUGAUGGAUACCAGCUCGAUAUCGCCUCUAUGACAUGUAUAGAUGUGGAUGAGUGUGAGGACCCAACCUUUCCUGAAUGUAUAAAUGCUCGGUGUGUAAACACAGAAGGCUCAUAUAGAUGUGUGUGCCUGAGGGGAUUCAUCAUGUCACGCAGACCAAACUACUGCAUAAUGGUUUAGCCAAAGUCUCUCUCUUUCUUUUUCUUUCUCUUUCUCCCUCUCUCUCUCUCUCUCUCUCUCUCUCUCUCUCUCUCUCUCUCUCUCUCACACACACACACACACACACACACACACACACUCUUAUAUAUAGCAAAAAUAUGAAUGAACUAUUAACUUCAUCCUGUUUUAUUGGACUAUUUUGUAGACACUAUAGUUUUUAUCCCUUACGGCUGUAAAUUGUUGUUUUUAUAUAUAUAUAUAUAUAUAUAUAUAUAUAUAUAUAUAUAUAUGUAUUUCUAUAGCAUUUUCUAGACAUUACAGAAAUGCAAUAGACAAACCAUUUAAGCACAAACUAUGUUCACUCUGUAAACAGAUGUCUAGCUGAAAUACAGACACUGAUUCACUAAACACAAUUAAGUAGAGUUUAUUUAAACACGCUUAUGAAUGCACAGUCUUUUCAGCGUUGUUUGAUAUUUGGUAAAUAAACUUCAUAGAGGUCGUAGAGGUCUAAAGCAUUUGAAUGUUUGUUUUUGAUUGUACAGUUAUGUAUCGCCCAUGUGUAACACAAUGCACUGUAUUUGUGGCCUUCUUAAUUUUACAAUGAUUAAUGAAGUUUUUCAAAGAGGUCUGUUUGUUGUAUUUCCUUGAUUUAUUCUUUUUUAUAAUUCAGAGGUGUCAAAAAUAAUAAAUGUGCAGAUAUUGCA